AUGGAUCGCCCUCACCUGUAUAUUCCAGAGUGCUUUAAGGUUGCUUACGAAAGAGCUGGCCAGUACCGAAGAUUUCAGCAGCCCAGAAAGAGAAGCGGCUCGAUUAAAAGGAAAGGGAUUGAAAGAUGGCAUAAAGCUGAAUCUGCCAACUUAGUAAAACAAAAUGUAUUGGUCCCUAAAGAGGAGUUAUCCAGUAAUAGUGACAUGGAAUUUCACAAGAGUCAGAAAAAUCAGAAGAAAAAUAUGGUGAGGAAAGUGAAGACUGCUUUGGGGAGGAUGCUGUCACACUCGUACAGAAGCAAGCCAGCAAGUGUCAACAAAGAGGGUGCCCCUGACCACAAGGAAACCCUCCUUCCAAAUACACAGAGCCUUCUUAGAAUUGUCAAAGAGCUUCCAUCGCCCAAGUUAUUUACCAAACCAAGAAUGAGAAAGCUCUCCCAGAAUGCAACUAUACAACUUGACGUUGUCAAAGCAGAGACGGAGGCGAUAACCCAAGGAAAUACACCCCUCCAAGCCAGGAGAACCAGCAAGCGUUUAUCUGUGACAUCACUUCCUUCAGGAAUGAAAAAGGUUCCAUAUUCAUCAAAAAAGAGACCACACUUUCCGGUAUUUAAAAGAAAGAAGCACAGCAUGGAAAACAUUCUCCGGAAAUCAGAUUUGACAGUGGGAAAACUUCAAAUGCAGGUGGAUGACCUCAUAGAAACAGUGACAGAUAAAUCCAUGAAGUUAUUGGCCCAAAGACAUGCUGAACUUCAACAGUGUGAGUUUCUAGGGGAUGAAAUUCUUCAGUCUUCUAAGCAGUUGCAGAGGAUGUCCAGGCGAACCAUGAGAAAGUAUAAAUUGAAAAAUGUGUGUUUCCCAUGUACCUGGUGCUGCUUCCGAUUCUGA